AUGGAUAACCAAAGCAAAAUUCAUGGUGAUGAAGACGCAAUGUUAAUGGAUGUUCCCAUAUCUGUUAUCACACCUCAAAAACCAAAAGUUGAUGAUUUAGAGAAUAUGGAUACGCUCUUCAAAGUAGACGUUGAAGAUGCAAUAGUGGCGAUUUCCAUAUCAUCUGUUGCACCUCAAGAUGAUGUUUUAGAGAACAAAGUUGGUGAUGAAGAUGCAACAUUAAGGGAAGUUCCCAUAUCUUUUUUUGCACCUCAAGAAUCAAAAGAUGAUGUUGUUGAGAAAAUGGAUAAGCACCACAAAGUUGAUCGUAGAGAUGCAAUAAUGGCAAUUCCGAUAUCUUCUGUUGCACCACAAGCUGGUGUGUCAUUGGUAUACAAAUCUUUUGUUCUAUUCGAUAAGAACUUUUCUAGUAUUAGUAAUCUUACGGAAGAAAGAUAA